AUGGAGUCUGAGUCUGAGUCUUCAGGCCCUGCGUCCGAGUCACACUCGGAAGAAUCUCUACCACCUGCUGAUCCUGGUUUUUGCCUCUGCGAGUUUUGCAUGAUGUCAUCAUACGACCCUUUCCCUCCAACCUCCCUCGUAAGGAAAGCUGCAUCAAUCUCCAGAGUUGAGUUUGAAGGCGGUCAGAAAUGUUUAACGGUUGGCGCAGGAGUGCGGCAGCCUCAUGCACAGUGUCAUAGUGAUUCCGCACCCUCCAUUGUGCCCACUAUACCAUUCACGCUUGGUUCCCCCACUGUAGUACCAAUACCCCCGCCGUCACCUAGUCCACCACUUACAAGUCUUACUGGCGCUCUUUUUCGGUUACCUGAAGCCUUGCCUCUCACCAUCACACCCUACUCCACUGCAGAGGCAGAGGCAGAUAUCAGGUGGGUACAUCGGGAUCAGGCUAUAUACAAGGAAGUUAUCGAUGCAAUCGCCGAUGAUUGCGAUGUAUACUUAUAUCAUGGGAUGCUCUACAACAUGCCUGCAGUGCCUGGGAAAACUGGUCCCUAUUACUGUGUCCCCCGUGGACGAUACAUCGGUGUAUUCAAUACUUGGGAUGAGGUAACGGAAAGUAUCAAAGGCUUCGCUGACGUGGCAUAUGUCGUUACUUCCCUUGCCGUUGGAGAAGUGCUGAUUCGUACUGCAAUCAGGAGGGGUGAAGUACACAAGUGUCGAGUAUGA